UCUCGAGGUGUAAUUUUCUUUAUUUAACGCCUUAUUUUCAAAAAAAAAAAAAAAAAAAAAAAAAGUAUGGCAAGAAAUUAUGAGACAAAAAAUUUCCCAGUCUUCAGUUUCUCUGAGUUUGCUAUUUGAAGAUUUUUGUCAAGCCUCUCAAGGUACUCACUUUGAAAUCGAACCCUGAAGACAUGAUGAUGUUCCCUCGCAAGAGUUUGGAAGCUGGGUUUGGCAGAGGAAAGCGUUACUAAAGAACUAGAACCAAAGGAGUCCAAAGAAGAUAUUUCCAAGUUGAGCUUCCUCCAAUGGCUCAAGGAAGCCUUAACAAGGCCACACUCAGUGGAAACUCUGCUAAUGACAAUCGAAAAGUUGAUACUUUUGCUAGGAGACAAAAAUUGUUACAGCAUAGAAAGUCUCUUCCUAUUGCUACCGUCGAACGACGACUCAUAGAUGAAGUUCGGAAGAAUGACAUUUUAAUCAUUGUUGGCGAAACUGGAAGUGGAAAAACAACCCAAAUACCCCAGUUUCUGUUCAAUGCUGGAUUUUGUAAAGAAGGGAAAUCUGUUGGAAUAACUCAACCUCGGCGUGUUGCUGCUGUAACCGUUGCGAAAAGGGUUGCUGAGGAAUGUGGUGUGGAGUUGGGUCAAAGGGUUGGAUACUCGAUCAGAUUUGAGGAUGUGACUUCUAGCUCAACAAGGAUCAAGUACAUGACUGAUGGGCUAUUGCUGAGGGAAGCAUUGUUGGAUCCAUAUCUCAGUAGAUAUUCAGUUAUAAUUGUUGAUGAAGCUCAUGAGAGAACUGUCCAGAGUGAUGUGUUACUAGGCCUUCUAAAAAAUGUUCAAAUUGCGCGGUCAAAAUCAAAUGGCCAACUAAAUACUGAAACAAAUGGCAUGGUGUUGGAGAAAGAAAAUGACGUUCAAUCUUCAAUUUUUCUCAAGCAUGACCAAGGAAAGAAAUUCCCUCCACUGAAGUUGAUUGUCAUGUCUGCCAGUUUGGAUGCACGUGUCUUCUCUGAUUAUUUUGGUGGUGCGAAAGCUGUUCAUGUCCAAGGGCGACAGUUUCCUGUGGAGAUAUUUUAUACAUUUCAUCCAGAACCAGAUUAUUUAGAUGCCACCUUAAUUACUGUAUUCCAGAUUCAUCUGGAGGAGGCCCUUGGUGAUAUACUUGUAUUUUUGACUGGACAAGAAGAGAUUGAGUCUGUUGAGAGACUUAUCAAAGAGCGAGUUUUACAGUUACCUGAAAACAAUCAAAGACUAGUGACUGUGCCAAUAUUUUCAUCUCUUCCAUCAGAACAGCAGAUGCGAGUUUUCGCACCAACUCCAGCAGGGUAUCGCAAGGUGAUACUGGCUACAAAUAUUGCUGAGACAUCUGUAACUAUUCCUGGAAUUAAGUAUGUUAUAGAUCCAGGAUUGGUAAAAGCACGGUCGUAUGAUCCAAAGCAAGGAUUGGAAUCUUUGACUGUUGUACCGAUUUCAAAGGCACAGGCUCUUCAAAGGAGUGGACGUGCUGGGCGAGAAGGGCCUGGAAAGUGUUUUCGUCUUUACCCAGAGAGUGAAUUUGAGAAACUUGAGAACUCAACGAAGCCAGAGAUCAAGAGAUGCAACCUUGCUAAUGUAAUUUUACAACUCAAGGCUCUGGGUGUGGAUGAUAUCAUUGGGUUUGACUUUAUAGAAAAGCCUUCAAGGUCAGCUAUUGUCAAAUCAUUGGAGCAGUUGUUUUUGCUAGGUGCUUUAACAGAUGAAUGUAAACUCUCUGAUCCAGUUGGUCGUCAAAUGUCGAAACUUCCUUUAGAUCCUGUUUAUUCAAAGGCCCUUAUCAUAGCCAGUGAGUUCAAGUGCUUGCAAGAAAUGUUGAUAACCGUUGCAAUGCUUUCGGUGGAAUCUAUAUUUUAUGCUCCCCGGGACAAAUUAGAUGAGGCAAGAGCUGCAAUGAAACGCUUUUCAAGUCCUGAGGGAGAUCACAUCACUUUGAUUAAUGUAUUUCGAGCAGCUAAUGAGUUUAUGGAGAAGAACUUGACGUGUGGUAAAGAGAAAGCUGACAAGAUCCUAAGAAAAUGGUGCAAGGAAAACUUUAUUAAUAAUCGCUCCCUAAGACAUGCUCGUGAUAUUCACAACCAAAUCCGAGAACAUGUUCAGCAAAUGGGUCUUCAUAUUGUCUCUUGUGGAGAUGACGUACUUAACUUCCGCAGAUGUCUUGCUGCUUCAUUCUUUCUCAAUGCAGCUCUAAAGCAACCCGAGGGAACAUAUAGGGCUUUGGCAAGUGGUCAGAUAGUGCAGAUCCACCCUUCUUCUGUGUUGUUCCAGAAAAAGCCAGAAUGCUUAAUCUACAACGAACUAAUCCAAACUAACCAUAAGUAUAUCCACAAAAUAACUAGAAUUGAUUACUUGUGGUUAACUGAAUUGGCUCCCCAAUUUUAUUCCAUGCAGAGUUGAGCUUCUGUAACCUCAACACCCAACAGUCAUUCAUUUGACUACUGGUGCAGUACUGGCCACAAUGGGAUUGUGGAAAGCUUCUCAAUCCUGUCCAAACAGAUACAAGCCAUCACAAGUUUCUUUCAGCCGCAUUGCACUGCAGUAACAUUGCAACGGACCGAGUUUGUUUGGUGUCGAACUCGUUUAUGUCCUUGCUCCCACUGCUUUUCAAAAGUUUGAGUUCAGAAUGCAACAUUAUUAUUAUUAUUAUUAUUAUUAUUAUUAUUGGAAAGGGUAGAAAAAUGGGACUUAUUAUAUUACAAACAUAUCAUUAUUGGAUUUGGAUCUAUCGGGACUGACAGGGCUCGAACCUGCAGCUUUCGCCUUGAUAGGACAGUGCUCUGACCAAUUUAACUACAAUCUCCAAAAAAUAACAUAAUAAAAUGUACAGUCAUUAUUAUUAUUAUUGUUUAGGUGGUUUUGAAGAAGGCAUCCUUUCACAGAAGGUGGGUUUUGUAGAAAUCAAGAAAGAGUAACCGUUUUAUGUUUUAACUUAUUAGUUUUUGGUCCUUUGUAAGACCUCAACUUCAACUUGAAUUUGGAAAACGAGUACUUUAUAUGAAUAUAGUGGAGUAAAGUUUUUCAUUAUUUAA